CUGUGAUCGAUUUGCUCUCAGCGAAUCACAGGCUUUGUUUUGGCUAACUGCUACUAGACCGAAGCUAGGCGGCUGUACUGAAACUCCAAAACUUCCAUCAACAUUAAGCAAGCAGAAACAAAGCGCUGCUGCCACUCCGGAGAAGAACUCUGUCAAAAUGCCUCAGACCAACAAGUCAGCGAGCAGUGGCGGCGCACAGGGACAGGUAUCGUCUCCAGACCAGGGCGAGCCGCCGCCGCCGUCACCGCCACCGCAACAGGAAGUGAGGGCCCAGGUGGCGGCUGGAGACGGUGGAGCAGCUGGAGGAGUUGCCGCGGACGACCAGGGAGACGCAGAGAUCAUCAGUUCACCCAGUGACCCGAAGAAAUACAGAUACAUCGAGCUGAGCAACGGCCUACGAGCGCUCCUCAUCUCCGACUUCAGCGGGGCGGACGGGCAGGGAGACAGCGAAGACGGAGAGGACAAGGCAGACCCGCAGGAGGGGGAGGAUGAGGAGGGAGAGGCGAGAGCCGAGGAGGAAGGGGACUCUGGCGAGGGCUCGGAUGAGGAUGAGGAGGAAGACGAAGAAGAAGAGCAGGACAGCGACUUCGAUGAGCUGGACGAGGAUAGCGCUGGGAGGACGAAGAGAGGGAACUCUGAGAAGCAGGCGGCAGCUGCUCUGUGCAUCAGUGUUGGGAGCUUCAGUGACCCUGACGACCUGCCCGGCCUCGCACACUUCCUGGAGCACAUGGUGUUUAUGGGCAGUGAGAAAUACCCGGCGGAGAACGGCUUCGACGCCUUCCUGAAGAAGCACGGCGGCAGCGACAACGCCUCCACCGACUGCGAGAGAACCAUCUUCCAGUUCGACGUGCAGAGGAAGUAUUUCAGAGAGGCGCUCGACAGGUGGGCUCAGUUCUUCAUCUGUCCUCUGAUGAUAGAAGACGCCAUCGACAGAGAGGUGGAGGCUGUGGACAGCGAGUACCAGUUGGCGAGGCCGUCUGACUCUCAUCGUAAAGAGAUGCUGUUUGGGAGUUUGGCUAAACCUGGACACCCUAUGGGCAAAUUCUGCUGGGGUAACGCUCAGACAUUAAAGCACGAGCCCAGAGAGAAGCAGAUCAACACCUACCAGAGGCUCCGAGACUUCUGGAAGAGAUACUACUCGGCUCAUUACAUGACGCUGGCAGUUCAGUCCAAAGAGACUCUGGACACUCUGGAGGAAUGGGUGAGAGAGAUCUUCACCAAAGUUCCCAACAACGGAGAACCUCGAGCUGACUUCUCUCACCUCCUGCAGCCGUUUGACACACCAGCCUUCAACAAACUCUACAGAGUUGUCCCUGUGAGGAAGGUUCACGCUCUGACCAUCAGCUGGGCCGUACCGCCGCAGGUGAAGCACUACCGGGUGAAGCCUCUUCACUACAUCUCCUGGCUGAUUGGACACGAAGGCACCGGCAGCAUCUUGUCUCUGCUCAGGAAGAAGUGCUGGGCUCUGGCUCUGUUUGGAGGAAACAGUGAGACAGGUUUCGACCAGAACACCACCUACUCCAUCUUCUCCAUCUCCAUCACCCUCACCAACCAGGGCUACCAGAACUUCUACCAGGUCGUCCAUUUAGUGUUCCAGUACCUGAAGAUGCUCCAGACUCUCGGCCCGCAGCAGAGGAUCUAUGAGGAAAUUCAGAAGAUCGAAGCCAACGAGUUCCACUAUCAGGAGCAGACGGAUCCCAUCGAGUUUGUGGAGAACAUCUGUGAGAACAUGCAGCUGUUCCCCAAAGAGGACUUCCUGACUGGAGACCAGCUCAUGUUUGAGUUUGACCCGCAGGUGAUCAGCGCUGCUCUGUCGCCACUGACUCCCGACAGAGCUAACCUUCUGCUGCUCUCACCGGAGAACGAAGGUCACUGUCCACUCAGAGAGAAGUGGUUCGGUACCUGCUACAGUGAGGAGGACAUCCCGGAGGAGUGGAGUCAGCGCUGGACGGGAGACUUUGAACUCAACUCUGAACUCCACCUUCCUGCUGAGAACAGAUUCAUCGCGACGGAUUUCACCCUGAAAGAGUCGGACUGUCCGGACUCCGAGUUUCCCAUCAGGACCGUGAACAACAAGCGCGGCUGUCUGUGGUACAAGAAGGACAACAAGUUUAAGAUCCCCAAAGCUUAUAUUCGUUUCAACCUGAUCUCCCCGAUCAUUCAGAAGAGUCCUGAGAAUCUGGUUCUGUUUGACCUCUUCGUCAACGUCUUGGCUCACAACCUGGCCGAGCCGGCCUACGAGGCCGAUGUGGCUCAGCUGGAGUACAAGCUGGUGGCCGGAGAGCACGGACUGGUGGUCCGCCUGAAGGGCUUCAACCACAAACUACCGCUGCUGUUGAAGCUGAUCGUGGAUCAUCUGGCGGAGUUCAGGGCCGACCCGGGCGUCUUCAACAUGUUCUCUGAGCAGCUGAAGAAAACCUACUUCAACAUCCUCAUCAAGCCGGAGAGACUCGGCAAGGACGUCCGUCUGCAGAUCCUGGAGCACAGUCGCUGGUCGGUGAUUCAGAAGUACCGGGCCGUCACCAAGGGUCUGACCGUGGAAGACCUCACGGCGUUCGCCACGGGGCUGAAGGCGGAGCUGUACGUCGAGGGGCUGGUGCAGGGAAACUUCACCAGCACGGAGUCCAAAGAGUUUCUGCAGUAUUUCAUCGAUAAGCUGCAGUUCCAGCCUCUGUCAGCAGAGGUCCCUGUGUUGUUCCGGGUGGUGGAGCUGCCUCACCAACACCAUCUCUGUAAAGUCAAGUCUCUCAACAAAGGAGACGCCAACUCGGAGGUGACCGUCUACUACCAGUCGGGGCUGAAGAACCUCCGAGAACACGCUCUGAUGGAGCUGAUGGUGAUGCACAUGGAGGAGCCGUGCUUCGACUUCCUCAGGACCAAGGAAACCCUCGGGUACCAGGUGUACCCCACCUGCAGGAACACCUCGGGGGUGCUGGGAUUCUCCGUCACCGUCGAAACUCAGGCCACAAAGUUCAGCACGGAGUUUGUGGAGGCGAAGAUCGAGGAGUUCCUGGCGAGCUUCGGCGAGCGCCUGUCGGCUCUGAGCGAGGACGCGUUCAGGACGCAGGUCACCGCGCUGGUCAAGCUGAAGGAGUGCGAGGAUGCUCACCUGGGGGAGGAGGUGGACAGGAACUGGUUCGAGGUGGUCACGCAGCAGUACGUCUUCAAGAGGCUGGACAAGGAGAUCGAGGCCCUGAAGCUGUUCUCUCAGCAGGAGCUGGUCUCCUGGUUCCUGGAGCACAGAAACACCAACAGCAGGAAGCUCAGCGUGCAUGUUGUUGGUUUCGGCGUGGAGGAGAACGACCCCCCAGAGCCGAGCGCCGGCUGCGGACCGGGAAGCCCCGACAACCCUCCGUCCUCGUCCUACGGGGAGGUGAGCGAGCUGACCUUCCUGCCGUCGGCCUCGCGGGACGCCACGCUCAUCACCGACAUCAGAGCCUUCACCUCGUCCCUCACGCUCCACCCGUACCACAAAAUCCUCAGCUAGGCCGCGCUCGCUCGCCGCAGGCCGACAGGACGGAGCUAAAGACCGCCUCGUAGUUAAAGGAACACGCCGACUUAUUGGGAGAUUAGCU